GUACUAACAGUACGGGUACCCGUCCCAUGCUCACCCCUACUUAAAAUCAUACUCCGUAUAACCGAGCACUUCGUAUGAGUUAGUUUUGUCAGGUUUAUUACACUAAACGCCGGAUCACCAAUUCCACAUUAAAAAAAAGAAAAAAAAAUAGAGAAGAUACAGAUAAGCCUCAUCUCCCUCCAUUUUCACCCUUUCAACCUCAUCUCUUCAUCUUCUGCAACAACAAUGGAGUCCACCCUUUUCCUCUCCAAACCCCUUCCCUCCACAAUCAAACCCACUCAUUCUCUCUCCUCUCUUUCCCCAAAUCCCUUCUUUUCCUUCAAACCCCACAAUCUCUCCACGCACAAACACCCCACAACCACCAUCAAAGCCGCAAUCAGUCGCACAAAGAAGGAAGAAACAGUCGAAACAGUGCAAAAACAUCUCGAAAACUGCUACUUAUUAGCAGCAAUCAAUUACAAAGGUUUCACAGUUAAACAGUUCCAAGACCUCAGGAAAUCACUCCCAGAAAACACUACUUUACUUGUUGCUAAGAACACCCUUGUUGAGAAAGCAGUUCAGGAUACCCAAUGGGAAGCCAUUAAACCUUGUAUGAAAGGUAUGAAUGCUUGGCUUUUUGUUCAUUCUGAAGAAAUCCCAGUUGCAAUUAAGCCUUAUAGAACUUUCCAGAAGGAGAGAAAGCUUGAGGACAAUGAUUUUACUGGUGCUUGUUUUGAGGGUAAGUUUUAUGGGCCUGAUGAAGUUAAGAGAUUGGAAACUAUGCCUUCUAAAGCUGAGGUUUUCGCGAAAUUGCUUGGGUCUUUGAAGAGUCCUGGGAAUGCUCUUGUGGGUACAAUUCAGGCUCCUGCUAGGGAUUUGGUGCUGGUUUUGAAAGCUUAUAUUAAGAAGCUUGAGGAUGAGCAGCAGCAGUAGCAGGGUUGAGAUGAUUUUAUUGUCUAUUUUGUUGUAAGUUUUUAAUUGUGUUUUUCUUAUAAAGGUUUAUUUUUAUUUGGGAAUUUUUAUGUUGUUCUUAGUAGUGGAGAAUUGUAGAGGUUGGAAUUUGGAAUUGGUGAAUUGUAUCAUGAGUUUUAAUGAAAUAGAACCAAAUUACUUUUGGCUAUGA